AUGCUGCUGUCUCCUGGGGGAGGAGACAGGGUUGAGGGGUCGGGGUUUAAGGUUGAGCAGGGGAGUCUUGUUCCUGGACGACGGGAAGCCCGGUGGAGCAUAACCAUGCUGAACCUGCAGAGUGGAUCCAACUGGUCCGGACACAACAACUGGUACCAUGACCCCUCCGCGACCCAGACCCAACACGGCACUGUGUCAGAGGGUUGUCUGUUGGAUACAGAUGGAGGUCUGGGGGUGGAGGCAGGGGGAGGAAGAGGAGGAGGAGGAGGAGGAGGAGGUCAGGUGGAGAGAAACGAGGGGGAAGAGUCCCAGCUCAGGCUGCAGUUGAAGCGGAAGCUUCAGAGGAACCGGACCAGCUUCACCCAGGAGCAGAUCGAGGCCCUGGAGAAAGAGUUUGAAAGAACACAUUAUCCAGAUGUCUUUGCGAGAGAGAGACUGGCCAACAAGAUUGACCUUCCAGAGGCCCGGAUACAGGUGUGGUUCUCCAACCGGAGAGCCAAGUGGAGGAGAGAAGAGAAGCUUAGAAACCAGAGGAGGUCUGGGGGCGGUACUGCCUGCUCUCAAGCCCAAACCCCCCUGAGCACUUCCUUCAACACGUCUGCCUAUCACCACCAUCACCAACCCAGCAGCAGCUCAGGCUCCAUGUUGAGUCAGACGGAGUCUGCUCUGCCCAGUUACAGCUCUCUCUCUGUGUUCUCCACAGGUGUUCAGUCUGCCAGCUCCUACUCCUGCAUGCUGCCCCCCUCCCCCUCCACCCCGCGCAGCUACGACACCUCGUACGCGUCCCCCCACCUGCCCCCUCCACCCUCCUCCAACUCCAGCACUGGGCUCAUAUCCCCAGGGGUGUCAGUCCCAGUGCAGGUCCCAGGAGGGGAGCAGAACAUGGGCCAGGGCCUGGGGCAGUACUGGGCCCGGCUGCAGUAAGACUGGAGGGGAAGAGGGCAGGGUGGAGAGGGUGAAGGAGGGAGGGAGGAGAGGGCAGGGUGCAGAAGACAGGGUGA